GGGGCAAUGUCCACCUCGGCCAGGAGGAGGCUGAUGAGGGACUUUAAGAGGUAAGUAGGGCUCCUUCCCACAUCGGCUCCACUGCGGGUUCCAUUCGUCUACGCCACCAAGUCACACGACAUAGGGGAAAGGCAACCUUCUGCACUCCUGCUGUUGUGGGACUUCCAACUCUCCCUAUCUGACCGUUUGGCAUUCCGGGAUGCAGUUUUGCUGCAUAUGAAGCGCCCAGGAUUACCGGAGGCCUUCUCUGAGGCAUGUUGUGGCUGCAAAGAGAAAAUGUUGCGGAUGCUGACGGGCGCAAUACCCCACAACUUGUUGGCUUUGAGGACUAGAUUACAGGAAGACCCGCCAGUUGGAGUCAGUGGUGCACCUUCAGAAAACAAUAUAAUGGUGUGGAAUGCAGUUAUAUUUGGUCCUGAAGGGACUCCGUUUGAAGAUGGUACAUUUAAACUUGUCAUAGAAUUUUCAGAAGAGUAUCCGAAUAAACCUCCAACUGUUAGAUUUGUAUCUAAAAUGUUUCACCCAAAUGUUUAUGCUGAUGGCAGCAUAUGUUUAGAUAUCCUUCAAAAUCGCUGGAGUCCAACAUAUGAUGUAUCAUCAAUAUUAACUUCAAUUCAGUCUCUUCUGGAUGAACCAAACCCAAAUAGUCCUGCCAACAGCCAAGCUGCACAACUUUAUCAAGAAAACAAACGAGAGUAUGAGAAAAGGGUAUCUGCAAUCGUUGAGCAAAGUUGGAAUGAUUCAUAACAGAUCACCGCGUUUCGCCACUUUCAUUCUUUUUGUGUCUGAUUUUAAAUCCAUAAAAGACAAAUAAGGAGGCAUCUAUAGAUCAUCACACUAGUUUUAAGGAUUUACAUAGAGACAAAAUCUCAUUUCCCCGCACCUUGUUUGGAAAAUUUCAAGGCUUUCUCUACUAAUGUACUUUUUAUUGCAUGGUAUGCAUGAUAUCAAAUAAGUUAUUGCUAUAUAUGUAAUAUAACCUAUUUGUAUUUUCCCCUCAAUGAAUAAUGUUGCUGUGAAGAUUUAAUGGAAAAAAUAUACACAUUUUGUAAUUCUGUAACUUUUUCUCCACAUCCCCCAGAAAAUGGAAUGUUUUUUUGUGCAGCAGCACUGCAGUUUUUUUUUUUAAAAAAAAUACUAUUUUAAAGUAAACUAUUCAAUGAAUAGCUCACAAGA